CACGAGUCUUAAUGUAAAUGGAGCAACCACCAUACACUGAAGAUGACCCGACCACAAACUCUCCAGAGGCAGCCACCGCCAAAACCCACCAAAAUUCUGAGACUCCACGGGGCAGCGGCACUCGAAAUCCUGUCUAUCGCGGUGUCCGAAAACGGAGGUGGGGGAAAUGGGUGUCUGAAAUUAGAGAGCCACGCAAGAAAUCACGUAUCUGGCUAGGCUCAUUUCCUGUGCCAGAAAUGGCAGCCAAGGCAUAUGAUGUGGCAGCGUAUUGUCUUAAAGGUUGUAAAGCGCAGCUUAAUUUUCCCGACGAAGUGGAUGACUUGCCUAGACCGUCCACGUGUACGGCCAGGGACAUCCAAGCAGCAGCAGCAAAGGCAGCACAUUCAGUGCUGCUUCCAACGAAAAAGAGCAUCGAAACAAAUAGUGAUAAUAGUGUUGACGGAGAAGUUGCCGAUGAUGAUUUCUGGGGCGAGAUAGAAUUGCCGGAAUUGUUGACGAGUAACAGUGGGUGCUGUUGGAAUUCUUGUGGAUGGAGUACUACUUUUGCAAGUGAUAGUUCAACGUGGCAGCAGGAUGGAGAGGGUCUACCACAGUUCAUGGCAUGUCUUUAUUAGUGUGCAUAGCUUCUAGGCAAGUAUCAAAUCUUCAAGUACUUUAAAAUUGGUCGGUUAAUAUCCCUACAUAGAUGAACUGGAUAGUAAUUUUUCUCGUUUCGGGUGUGGAAUCAAAACAGCCAGUUUACAAGCUCUAAUAAUUUUUCAGAAAUGCGGCCACUCACAAACACACCCCAGAUCAAGGUAUUCCGCCGCCUACUUGGUGGAUGUUAUGGAGGAUUCACCUUCCAUGCAAGCUAUCUAUUUAAAUCAUCUCAUUGCCAAUAAGAGCGUCUGUGUGCGCCUAAAUAAAUUUCCAUUACUCUAUAUAAUAAAUAGAUUCUUUUUUUCCCGGAUGAAGAGAGAUUUCAUUGAUACAGAAAUACACAAGUAGGAGCUCAUCCUACUACAAAACUUUCCGCAUACUGACAGCAGAAUAUUGCCAGAAAAAAAUCACAUAAGAGAGAGAAACAUUCAGUUUGAGAGAACUAGAGUCCCGUUCGGUUUCUCGGAGCAAUUUCUUUUUCUUGUUUCAAUUUCUCGGAGCAAUUUAGUAUAUUGAAACAAGUCUCUCUCUAUCA